GAAUAUCUCAGUCUGCCUUCUGGGCCUCUGAUUGCUGAGGGGGUGGCUGUCACUUGGAGUGGUCUGGGCUGCUUUGGGCCUAUCUGGGCAUUUCCUUAGGCUGGCAUCCCUCACCCUGUUCUUGAAAUGGUUCUGGCUGGGUAGCAGCCUCUAGGUGGUUUAGGGCGGAGACAAGACCCAGAACACAAAUUUCCUUGUGCCUCUGGUGAGAGGGAGGGCAAGAGAAAAUCGGUGACCCCAUUCCCCCCUUGGUCACUGUCUUGCUCACAGUCAUGAUGCCUUGGUCCCCUGUGUUUCUUGGGGUCAUCAUCUUGCUGUCUGCUUUCCCAGGGCCUAGUGUUGGGGGCCACCCCAUGCCCAAGCUGGCUGACCGGAAGCUGUGUGCUGAUAAGGAAUGCAGCCGUAAGAAUGACCCCAUCUCCGUGGCUGUGGCCCUUCAGGACUACAUAGCCCCUGACUGCCGUUUCCUGACUAUACAUAGGGGCCAAGUCGUGUAUAUCUUCUCCAAGCUGAAGGGCCGCGGACGGCUCUUCUGGGGAGGCAGCAUUCAGGGAGAUUACUAUGGAGACCUGGCUGCCCGCCUGGGCUAUUUUCCCAGUAGCAUUGUUCGAGAGGACCAGACCCUGAAACCUGGCAAAAUUAAUGUGAAGACAGAUAAGUGGGAUUUCUACUGCCAGUGAGCUCAGCCUACCGCUGUCCUUAAUGUUUUCCUUCCCAAGCUUUAUGCAAAUACAUCAGCCGAGUGCAAA